GCACACUGGUGGGUGGGCACAGGUGGGUGGGCACAGGUGGGUGGCACUGGUGGGCAAGGUGGGUGGGCACAGGUGGGUGGCACUUCUGGGCACAGGUGUGUGUCACUGCAGAGUGGCAAUGGGUGCACUGCUGGGCACAGGUGGGUGAUCUGCUGGGCACAGGUGGGCGGAGCUAGUGGGCGCACUGCUGGGCACAGGUGGGUGGCACUGCUGGGCACCGAUCAUCAGGGCACUGAUCAUGUCCUGAUGAUCGCGUGUCAUUGGACACCGCUGAUCACGUGGUAAAAGGCCGCUGGGAUCGGC